AUGAAGACAAUAGCGAAACCAGGAUCGAUUAAGAUAAACAUAAACAAAGAUGAUUAUUAGGAAUAUAGAAUUGUGAUGCUUGGGGAUAUGUCUGUGGGUAAGACAUCAAUUUUGGACAGAUAUAUUAAUCGCAAUUUUUCUGAGAAGCACAAUUAAACAAUAGCAGUUGAUUUGAGACAUGUACAGGCAUCAUCAAAUAUAACUGUAAGUUAUUUAAACUUUUGGGAUUUUAGUGGAGAAUAACAGUUUUGGAACGUCAGAAAGGAGUUUUAUGAGGAUGCCAAUAUGAUAAUCUUGGUUUUUGAUUUGGCAUCUCGUAAGAGUUUUAACAGUCUGAACGAGUGGACUUAAGAAGCCAAUAAUAUGGGAGCUACCAAAUUACCCGUAUUGGUUGUGGGCAAUAAGCAGGAUAAGAGGAAUAUCUCGGAGAACGAAGGGUAAGAUUGGGCAAAGCAGAGAUCCUAUCAUUACAUAGAGGUGUCGGCUUUGUAGAACAGUAAUAUUGAUUCGAUGUUUAAAUUGAUCAAGGACAUAUUGUCUUAAAAAAAGUGA